AUGACCAGUUUCAGCUUCUUCACCUACUCCACAAAUAUGCAGUUGACCAUCUUUGAGAAACAAACUACACAAGGUUUAGACAUUCCGGCGUCACCGGUGGCGGAGGAGAACCGGGGUCGUAGGAAAAGUUACAUGGCAUCAUCAUCAUCAGGACGUCGUCCGAGGUGUACGUGUUCGAGCCGUCCGGGUUCAGUACCUUGUGGCAGGCAUGGUUACAUGGUGCCAAAGCAGAACAUGAAGAGAUAUAGUGCUAAUAAAGAGAUAUUGAGGAGGGCAUUGACUCCUUCACCAAAUCGUAAGAUGACACUUAGGUGGUGGAACUUUAAGCCAACACCAAGUAGGCUUUCUAACAUGUCUAUGGCUUAA